GUCAAAGACAGUGGCACUGAAGGCGUGAGACAGACAUCUCCUAUGGGACAUAGGACAUAGGACAGUAAACGUCGGCCUGCAGUGUCCGGGGAGGGCCUUCUAACUUUCUCAUGAGUUGGUUCUCCCCGGUCUGUCACCACUGUCCAACAUCUCCAAGCGAGUUUACUGUCUGGUGAUGAACAGUGACUCCUCCCUACUUACUCCAGGCUGAAGCCCAAGUCCACGGUGGUCCUCCGGGCACUGGGGUUAGUCUCUCUGUGCAGAUUUAGUUUCUGCUGUUCCCUCCUUUAUUCCAGUCACAUUUGUACUUGUUCUCUGCCUUCAAGGAAUGCUCUUUCCUUCUCCACAUCACUAACUCCUGCUCAGCUUCAGUGUUGAGAUCACAAGAAUUCCUAGGGCUCCUGUGUAGUUCACUCAGUGCCUGAUGGAUCCUUUCCUUUGGUAUCAUUUCAGAUCACUCCGCUGAAACCGCCGCCACGCGGCCGUGACCUCAUGCCUGACCCAUACAAUGUGACCGAAUUCAUCCUCCUGGGACUUUCUCCCAAUCAGCAGGUGCAGAGGGUUUGCUUUGCGGUGUUUCUGCUCUUGUACGCCGCAGUUGUGCUGGGGAAUCUCCUCCUCGUGCUCACCGUCGCGGCCAGCACCAGCCUCGCUUCUCCCAUGUACUUCUUCCUCGGCUCCCUGUCCCUGGUGGAGAUCUGCUACUCCUCCACCACGGCCCCCAAACUCCUCUCGGACCUGCUGGCCCGGAGGAAAGCCAUCUCGGUGGGGGGCUGCAUGGCACAGCUUUUCUUCCUGCACUUCUUCGGCGGCAUUGAGAUGUUGGUGCUGACGGCGAUGGCCUAUGACCGCUACGUGGCCAUCUGCCGGCCUCUGCACUACGCGGCCAUCAUGAACCGGCGGGUGUGCGCGGCCCUCGUGGGCGUGGCCUGGGCGGGAGGCCUCGUGCACUCCCUUGCCCAGGUCCUUCUCAUCUUCCCGCUGCCCUUCUGUGGCCCCAACGUGAUUGACCACUACUUCUGUGACGUGCUUCCCCUGCUCCAACUGGCCUGCUCAGACACCUUCCUCGUGGGUCUCCUGAUUGUUGCCAACGGGGGGACCCUGUCUGUGGUCAGCUUUGUGGUCCUGUUGGCAUCCUACGUGGUCAUUUUGGUCCAUCUGAGGACCCGCAGCUCUGAGGGGCGGCGCAAAGCCCUCUCCACCUGCGGAUCCCACGUCACCGUGGUAACCUUGUUCUUCGCACCUUGUGUCUUCAUCUAUCUGAGGCCGUCUGCCACUCUGCCUGUGGACAAGCUGGUAGCCGUGUUCUACACCGUGAUCACCCCACUCCUCAACCCCGUCAUCUACUCCCUGAGAAACGCGGAAGUGAAGAGGGCCGUGAAGAAUCUGUGGACCAGGACCGUGCAGCCGGUGACAGACAGAGGCUGAGUCUUGGUUUGGGUCCCUGGGUUUGGAGCGAUUUU